AUGGCUACUCCGUCGAAGAAACGUUCUAGAGAUUCUGAAUCUCCGGAAGAACCCGUAGUGGAUGAAAACAAGAGCGUGAACCAAAGUGAUGCCGCAACAGAAGGAGAAACGGCUGCUUAUGUGGAAAAGUUCGAAGAACUGAAGCUAUCACAGCCGACUUUGAAGGCUAUUGAAAAGUUAGGGUUUACCACCAUGACCUCUGUGCAAUCCAGAACUAUCCCGCCUCUUUUGGCCGGUAGAGAUGUUCUUGGGGCUGCCAAGACGGGUUCUGGUAAGACAUUGGCCUUCCUCAUCCCAGCUAUCGAAUUGCUGCAUUCUUUAAAGUUCAAGCCAAGAAAUGGUACCGGUAUAAUUGUGAUCACGCCUACAAGAGAGUUGGCUUUACAAAUUUUUGGGGUGGCAAGGGAGCUAAUGGAAUUCCAUUCGCAGACUUUUGGUAUUGUCAUCGGUGGUGCUAAUAGAAGACAGGAGGCUGAAAAAUUGAUGAAAGGUGUCAACAUGCUGAUCGCUACCCCUGGUAGGCUAUUGGAUCAUCUACAAAAUACGAAAGGGUUCGUCUUUAAGAAUUUGAAAGCAUUAAUUAUCGAUGAAGCUGAUAGAAUCCUAGAAAUUGGGUUUGAAGAUGAAAUGAGACAGAUCAUCAAGAUCUUACCAAACGAAGAUAGACAAUCCAUGCUAUUUUCUGCCACACAAACCACCAAAGUUGAGGACUUGGCUAGAAUCUCGUUGAGACCGGGCCCUCUUUUCAUUAAUGUCGUUCCUGAAACCGAUAACUCCACCGCAGAUGGGUUGGAACAAGGUUACGUGGUGUGUGACAGUGACGACAGAUUUUUGUUGUUAUUUUCCUUUUUGAAGAGAAAUCAGAAAAAAAAAAUUAUUGUAUUCUUAUCAUCCUGUAACUCUGUGAAGUACUACGCUGAAUUAUUAAACUACAUCGAUUUACCUGUUCUUGAACUACACGGUAAGCAAAAGCAACAAAAGAGAACAAACACAUUUUUCGAAUUUUGUAAUGCCGAAAGAGGUAUUUUGAUUUGUACAGAUGUUGCAGCCAGAGGUCUAGAUAUACCUGCUGUGGAUUGGAUCAUUCAAUUCGAUCCUCCUGAUGAUCCAAGAGACUACAUUCAUAGAGUUGGAAGAACCGCAAGAGGUACUGAAGGUAAGGGUAAAUCUUUAAUGUUUUUAACUCCUAAUGAGUUGGGGUUCUUGAGGUAUCUAAAGGCCUCCAAGGUUCCAUUGAACGAGUACGAAUUCCCCACGAAUAAGAUUGCUAACGUUCAAUCGCAAUUAGAAAAAUUAAUCAAAUCCAAUUAUUAUCUACAUCAGACAGCUAAAGAUGGUUAUAGAUCCUAUUUACAAGCAUACGCUUCUCACUCCUUGAAAACUGUCUACCAAAUCGAUAAACUGGACUUGGCUAAAGUAGCAAAGUCUUACGGUUUCCCGGUGCCUCCAAAGGUCAACAUUACCAUUGGUGUAAGUGGAAAAACACCUAAUACCAAAAGGCGUAAAAGUCAUAAAUAA